CUAUGCAGGACCAUGGAGAGGGUCAACCGAACGAGCAGUGUCUCCGAGUUCAUCCUCCUGGGACUCUCCUCCCGGCCGGAGGACCAGAAGCCACUCUUUGCCCUGUUCUUCAUCAUGUAUGUGGUUACCAUGGUGGGAAACUUGCUUAUCAUCUUGGCUAUCCGCUCUGACACUCAGCUCCAGACACCCAUGUAUUUUUUCCUUAGCAUUUUGUCUUUUAUUGAUGUUUGCUAUACAACAGCCAUCGUCCCCAAAAUGCUGAUGAACUUUCUGUCAAAGAAGAAGACCAUCUCUUAUGCUGCAUGUAUGACCCAGAUGUAUUUCUUCUUGGCUUUUGCCAACACAGAAAGUUACCUCCUGGCAGCCAUGGCCAUUGACCGCUAUGUGGCCAUUUGUGACCCCUUCCAGUAUGUCACUGCCAUGAGCCACCAUCGUUGUUUUCUGUUGGUGGCCUUCUCCUGCUCCAUCUCUCACCUCCAUUCUCUCUUACUGGUUCUCCUGAUAAAUUGUCUUCUCUUUUGUGACUCCAACGUCAUUCACCACUUCCUCUGUGACAUCAACCCUCUGCUGAAAUUAUCCUGCUCCUCCACGUUUGUCAGUGAAAUUGUAAUUAACACAGAAGGGCUGAUCACUUUGAUGACCCCCUUUAUACGUGUUAUCAUCUCUUACCUACGAAUCCUCGUUGCUGUUCUGAAGAUCCCGUCAGCUGCUGGGAAGCAUAAGGCUUUCUCUACCUGUGGCUCCCACCUCACCAUGGUGACCCUCUUUUAUGGAAGCAUUAUUUAUGUUUAUUUCCGACCCCUGUCCACUUACACCAUCAAGGAUCGGGUGGCCACAGUCAUCUACACAGUUUUGUCCUCUAUGCUGAACCCUUUCAUCUACAGCCUGAGGAACAAAGACAUGAAGCAGGGCCUGAGGAGGCUGAUGAGCAGGAGGAUGUCCUAG